UUCUUCUUCUUCUUCUUCUGUCUUAGUCUCAGGUGCAGUGCAUUCCACACUGUAGCACAGUGGAUACGAAGAGUACACCACCUACAGUACAGUUAAAUACUAGGCUCUCAGAUUUUACUUGGAUUUGAUUCGAGAGAAACGGAAUGGAACCAGGCCCAGUCGUACUGCAGUAAUGAGCUAAACCAGGUUCACCUGCGUUCUCUACGCAUUAACGGUCAACGGUUAGUGGUUUUUUUUUGUAUCAGUUUAUAAACAAAUAUAUAUUAAACGUUUGUCCUCUUUUAUUUAUACCUGGAUUUUCUUCCACAAUGUGCGUGGCCAACAACAUUGGGAUGCCAGAAGGCGGAAAAAGAAUCUGCUCUGUGCCCCAACCAUUGACCUCCAGGGAGCGCACCUCCAUCUUUAAGCCUGCAGUAGAAAGGACACGCACAUUGUUGGAGACGAGCUGAUGAUGCGCUCCAAACGCCAACAGGGAAAUUAACCCUCACUUUUCUUCUCGCUCACUGAGUUGUAGCCGAUUUGGCAACAGCCAAAAUGACCAGCAACGGACCUGUCAUCGUCUACGAGUGGCUGAAAACCCUCCAGCUCGGCCAGUAUGUCGAGUCUUUUGUGGAUAAUGGAUACGACGAUCUGGAGGUUUGCAAACAAAUCGGAGACCCCGACCUGGAUGCCAUCGGCGUCUACAUCCCUCACCACAGGCAGAGGAUCCACGACGCGGUGAGGCGGCUGAAGGAGGAAGCCAAAGAAACGGCCAGUGCGCUCUACUUCACCCUGGAGCCCAUGCCACCCCCGGCAGAGAUUUAUACCAGUCACAUGGUCAACCAGUACGAGUCUAAAUUGCGCGGAUCCAAGUCCUGGACCGAACCCAACAGCGAGCGUGUUGGGCGCACCGCUGGGCACAUGGGCGCACAGAGGAACCUUACGCUGGGUAACAGGAGGGACCUGGUGAUAUACCCCAAGUUGAAGCUGAAGAUCAUGAUCAGGGAUAAACUCAUCAGAGAUGGAAUCAACCUCUCCAAGCCGCCCUACUCUAACAAGGAUGGUUCUCUGGGCAACAUAGAUGACCUUGCCCAGGAGUACUCUGAGUACUACAACACUUGCUUCAGUGACGUCAGUGAUCGCAUGGAAGAACUACGCAAACGCAGAGUCUCUCAAACGCUUGACAUGGAGAAACAGGAUCCAAGCAGCUCCUCUGUGCAGCUUCGAAAUGAGAUCCAGGAGACCCUAGGCUUCAGCAGCGAGCUGUCGACUCCAGAAACCGACAGAAGAAUGCCACUGCACAAGUCCAGCUCUGAAGAUGGGUCUGGAGGCAAAUGGGACAACAAGAAAAAGAACAAAUCUUUUUGGCAAAACUUCCGCAAGUCCCAGCACAAACCGGUCACACGUCAGGCGUCCAAAGGAGAGGACAUUGGCUAUGUGGCCAGUGAAAUCACCAUGAGCGACGAAGAGCGGAUCCAGCUGAUGAUGAUGGUGAAAGAGAAGAUGAUCACCGUGGAAGAAGCUCUAGCUCGGCUGAAGGAGUAUGAGCGCAGCAAACAGUGCAGCAGUACUGACACUGCAGAGUGGACUGAAGGAUCCACCACCAAUCUAAACCUGUCCUCAAACUGCAACUCUCGUGAACAGUCAGAUGAUGAGCAAUCUGAGGAUUCAGUGAAGUUCAAGCGACUUCACAAACUGGUCAACUCCACACGCCGGGUCAGGAAGAAACUCAUUAAAGUGGAAGAGGGCAAAAAACACGGCUCUGAAGAUGUUUUCAAUGUGGACGGGCCUCCCACCUGUGAGGACAACACUGCCCUGUAUACUGGAGUCCUGAAGAAACCGCCUCUGCCCCAGGAGGCGUCUCUGCCCUCCCUCACCCAGGAUCAACUCUCCCUGGACGGAGACACAGACAGUCUGACCACCUCCCCUUCAUCCAGCAGCCUAGACACCUGGUCUGGACACAAGCUGGUCAAAACUUUCAGUAAGUCUUCCAGUACCCACGGGCUGAUCCGGCCCCCCAGGAGAACCCCGGUUGGCUCUGGCGGCCUCGGAGGUUCGAUCUCUGGUGUCGGAGGUAGCGGCUCUUCCUUCUCAGAGUUGGAUGGCUGUGGAUUGGAUGACGAGGGCAAAUUUUCACGCUCCACAACCGACGGCGAGAUGCGAAAGGCCCUGAGCUCCAUCUCACAUGGGAGAACGUGCAGCUUCGGAGGCUUUGACCUGUCCAACCGUUCACUCCAUGUGGCCAACGCCGGCUCAGACGGCAAUGAGGCCAUCUACAGAGAGGUGGUCAAAUCCCCCACCACGUCUCGGAUCUCUCUCGGCAAAAAGGUCAAGUCGGUGAAGGAAACGAUGAGGAAGCGCAUGUCGAAGAAGUACAGCAGCUCCCUGUCUGAGCAGUCAAGUCCCGACGUGGCCCCUGGAUCCCCACAGUCUCCUCAGCCUGACACCGACUCUCUGGAGAAGCCCAAGCUGAAAGCCGGAGGCUCAGUGGAAAGUCUGCGUAGUUCACUCAGCGGACAAAGUUCAAUGAGUGGUCAGACGGUGAGCACCACCGAUUCAUCGGCCAGUAACAGGGAGAGUGUGAAGUCAGAGGAUGGCGAUGACGAGGAGCCACCGUACAGGGGCCCCUUCUGUGGCCGUGCCAGGGUCCACACCGAUUUCACACCCAGCCCUUAUGACUCAGACUCCCUGAAGCUAAAGCGUGGUGAUGUGAUCGACAUCAUCAGUAAGCCGCCCAUGGGCACGUGGAUGGGUCUGCUCAACAACAAAGUGGGCACCUUCAAGUUCAUCUACGUGGACGUGCUCAGUGAAGAAGAGGAGAAGCCCAAGAGGCCCGUGAGGAGGAGGAGGAAGGGCCGACCACCCAAGCCCACCUCAGUGGAGGAGCUGCUGGAACGCAUCAACCUCAAGGAGCACAUGCCCACUUUCCUGUUCAAUGGCUACGAGGACCUGGACACGUUCAAGUUGUUGGAGGAGGAGGACCUGGAUGAGCUGAACAUCAGAGAUCCUCAGCACAGAGCCGUGCUGCUGACGGCUGUCGAGCUGCUGCAGGAAUAUGACAGCAGCAGUGAUCCAGAGCGUGGCGGUCUGUCAGGUUCCCAGGAGAAGCUGCUGUCCGAGGGUCAGAACUUGGUGGCAGAUUCCCCGAGAGACUCCGGCUGCUACGAGAGCACUGAGAACCUGGAGAACGGUAAAAGCAGAAAAGCCUCCCGUUCCAGUCGUUCAUCAGCAGGUCAGUCUCCAGACUAUCCUACUCUGCCAAUGACCCUCUCCACUGAGGCUCUGCAUCACAACAACAAGAACCAGCGCUCAAAGUUCCCCAAAAGCUUCUUCAUCAAACCUUCCCUCAAGGGCUUUAACCUGCGGGGGCUGCGCAGGGCCCACAGACGGAGCCCAAUCCCGGCCAGCCGCAGCUGCGAGGACCUGGAUGGACCUCUGCAGCCCGCCGGACCCUGGAAGCGCUCCCACUCCCUUGGAGACCUUCACUUGGAGCGCCGUGAGCAGAAGAAGGAUUUGGACGUAGAGGUUAAAACUGCCAAAGAAGAAGCGACAACAGAGGGCAGCAGAGAGCAGAGUCCUCCUGCCCAGAACAGGACUCCAGCAGUGAGCCCUAAACCGAAGUUUGGGAGACCACCCAUACCCUCCCAGCUGUCCCUGCGUCCUCCCUUGUCUCCACCCCAGUCUCCCGUUCACCGAGAGUCCAUCUCUAGUUCUACACCCAGUCCCCCGGAGUCCAGUGGGGAGAGAGUUGUCCGCACUCACCCCAAGAAACCCCCAGUCCCUCCUCCCGUUCCUGCCAAGAAGUCUAAAGAAAGACUUGCCAAUGGUCUACGUCACGCCCCUCUCUCCCUACCUCCUUCACCCUCUCCCACCCCCUCCCCCACACACUCCUUCACCCAUUCUCACCCUAAUAGCCCCAUAAUCCGAAGUAGCGGCGGCAGCUCCGGCGCUCCGGCCCUCCCUGCCAAGUCCCCCAGUACCCCAGCCAGUCCAUGUGCCACCUCUUCAGCCUCCUCCAUGGGUGAGGACUCAGGCACUCCCCCAGCAGUCCAGCCUCCGUGGCUGUCCGAUCUCGGGGGAAAGGUGGCAGUUGCAAGAAAGAUGUCCUACAACAAGCCCAGCUGUGACCUGCUGUCUCUGCUGGAACAACGGCUGGAGGUCGAAGGGAUCGAUCUGACAGAGGAACCGUACUCCGACAAGCAUGGUCGGUGUGGUAUUCCCCAACCUCUAGUCCAACGCUACGCUGAAGAUUUGGAGCAGCCCGUCAAGGACGUGGCCUCUGUCAUGGACCAGCUCAGAGUCCGAGAGCUCCGAAAACAGCACCGCAUGGCAAUUCCCUCUGGAGGUUUGACAGAGAUGUGCCGAAAACCUCUGCCCUCAGGUAACAUCAGCACCGUCUCUGAUUGGCUGACCUCCAUCGGCCUGCCCAUGUACGCCACAGCGUUGGCAGCGGCAGGAAUCGACACCCUGAGCAGAGUGGCCGUGUUAACGGAGGCCAGCGCGUGGGACGCUGGGCUGAGGGAUCAGAGACACAUCCGACGGCUGGUCAGCGAGGCACGACUGGUCACACAGUGAGGUGCAGGCCUGACUGCACUGGUGAGAUCUGAUUGGACAACAGGUAUCGGAACACUCACGUCUCAUCAGGACUGACCGCAGCAGGACAGCACGUCCUGCCGCACGUGUCAGAGACGCUGAGAGUUUGUUGUUGUGACUGUUCAAAUGUUUACAUCACUGAGGAGUUUGUCUCAGCAGGAUAACAGAUGCCUUUCAGACGUCAGACUGAAGACUCACGCUGUGGGACGACUUCCCACAAAGUCUUAAAAUAAAGACAUGGAUCUGCCUUUAAAGGGAGAGAGCACACUUUUUCAUAGGAUGAAUUUUUGGUUUUUGGGUUUUUUGUAUAUGAGAAGACAGUUAAUUUCCUGCAUAUUUCAUGAUGGUGUUUGACUUCCAUCUCUCGUGGCACAGGAACAUUAUUAGAAGGCUGAACAUGCAGCGUCUCAUUCCCACUAAUAGCUUCAUAAUGACGACGGCGACAGAAUUCCACUCGUCGCUUGGACUUUUCAUCCUCGGCAGCAAACAAGUAACUGCUUAAUGGCUUCUCCUGUGUGGUGUUCCUGUUCUAUAGACUAAUGGAUAUCAUCAUUUGGAAGAGUGAAAGCGGUGCCUCUUGAAUGUCAAAUGCUCUCAGUCAUUUCCACGCUGAAACAGCGGACGCCUCAUCUUAGCAUUUCAUAGUAUACGCUCAUCUACUGCACACUGUAUCCUGGAUGUUCCUUCACGGCCGCGCGGCCAGAUCUGACUGUGAUUUUGUGAGUGAAGAUGGAAUUAGCGGACGCUCCACUGACAGGUGGGAAGUCCUUUGGUUUGAAUGUGUUUGACAAGUGGUCACAGCAGGGAUUGUGUGAACUCUCUCACACACACACACGCACACUUGGAUAUGAACUACACAUCAUACUUCUGAGGAG